GUUGAUGAACGUUGUUGAAACGCUACAGAACCAGUUGGAGGAGGAGAACUCGAAGGCUAAGGAGACCGAGGAUGCCCAAAGCUUGAGUUCAAGUGAGAAUGCUGAUGGAGAGGGCUCGGAAGUGGAAAUGCGAGAAGAUGCUGACAGCAUCGAUGAAGAUGCUAUUAGUGUUUCUAAGCGAAGGAAGCUUAGCAAUGAUGGUGCUGAAGCGGGAGAAGCAGAUGGGGCGAAAGAUGAUGAGGGCGGGAAAACCAGGCAUGCUUGCUGAUGGAGAAGAGAGCACAGAAGUGAAUGUGCAAGAAAGUGCAGACAGCAUGGACGAAACACCAGACUUUGUUGCUGAAAACAAAGAGAACUGCGAUGUGAAUGCUGAAAGCAUGAAGGGGACAAGGCUGAGGAAGCCUUCAAAUGACUCAAUAGCUGUUCCUGCUUCCUCCGCAAAAGAAACCUGAUGCAGGAGUCCCAGAACCCCGUGAGCCAGCAAAGCGUGGGAGUGGUAGGCCUAAGAAAGCCUCCAUGCAGAACAAUUCCGGAGCGAAUUAGUCUAGGAGCAGGCAAGGAGCA